GGCUGGAGCCGGAGCUGGAGCAGGAGCAGGAGCUGGAGGCGGGCGAAACCGAAGCGGCCGGGGGCGGCCACGGUGAUGAGCCGGGCCUGGCGGACGCGGCGCCAUCGCAGUCAGAGGGAAGAAGCCCAGCCAGAGAGACGCACUGAGCUGCUGCUGCUCCACUCCAUGUUGGCCGUGCUGACAGGCCGGCGCCAUGCCCCCGCCUGCAGAGGUGACAGAUCCGUCCCAUGCCCCUGCCGUCCUGCGCCAGCUCAAUGAGCAGCGGCUCCGUGGCCUUUUCUGUGACGUCACCCUCAUAGCUGGAGACACCAAGUUCCCGGCUCACCGCAGUGUCCUGGCUGCUUCCAGUCCCUUCUUCAGAGAGGCCCUGCUUGCUUCAGCGCCCCUACCCCUCCCGCCAGUCAGUGGGGUCUCAGCCCCCAACCCUGCCACCACCGUAGCUGCCUCCUCCUCCUCUACCACCACCACCACCACCUCCUCCUCUUCCUCCUCUUCCUCCUCCUCUCCCCCUCCAAUCUCUCCCCCUGCCUCACCCCCACCCCGAGUCCUGGAGCUGCCUGGGGUCCCAGCAGCGGCCUUCUCGGAUGUCCUCAAUUUCAUUUACAGUGCCAGACUGGCCCUCCCUGCUGGUGGAGGGGAUGGGGCCGCAGUGGCAGAGAUCGGAGCUCUGGGUCGCCGCCUGGGCAUCUCCCGCCUGCAGGGUCUGGGGGAGGGAGGCGAUGCCUGGGUACCUCCCACCCCAGCUCCUGUAGCCACCUCGCAGCCUGAAGAGGGCAGCUUCCGGCCUGGGCCAGCCGCAGAGUGGGAAGGCGAUGGGGCUGAAGCCCAGGCUCCUGACUCCCAGCCUUCCCUGUCCCGGAGGCCCCUGCCUUGCCCCCGGUGUGGAAAAAGCUUCAUCCACCCCAAGCGGCUGCAGACCCACGAGGCGCAGUGCCGCCGGGGACCCGGCACGCGUGGGGGUGCUACAGCAGGGCUGGGCCCCGGGGGUCCCUCAGGAGUGGAUGCCUCUGCACUGCCCUCUCCUGUGGGCUUCCGAGGAGGUCCGGAGCACGUGGUGAAGGUGGUGGGCGGCCAUGUGCUGUACGUGUGCGCGGCCUGUGAGCGUUCCUACGUGACCCUGUCCAGCCUGAAGCGACACAGCAACGUCCACUCAUGGCGGAGGAAGUACCCCUGCCGCUACUGCGAGAAGGUGUUUGCCCUGGCCGAAUACCGCACCAAACACGAGGUGUGGCAUACUGGGGAACGCAGGUACCAGUGCAUCUUCUGCUGGGAGACCUUUGUCACUUAUUAUAACCUGAAGACCCACCAGCGAGCCUUCCAUGGCAUUAGCCCGGGCCUCCUGGCCAGUGAGAAGACACCCAAUGGAGGCUACAAGCCCAAGCUCAAUACCCUCAAGUUGUACCGCCUGCUCCCCAUGCGGGCAGCCAAGCGGCCCUACAAGACCUACAGCCAGGGGGCCCCUGAGGCCCCACUCUCUCCAGGCCUCCAUGCACCGGCCCCUGUGGCAUUGCCAGCAAGCCCCCCUCCCGGCCCCCCACCUGCCCCUGAGCCUGGCCCCUCGCCCUCUGUCAUCACCUUCGCUCACCCGGCCCCCUCUGUCAUCGUGCAUGGGAGCAGUAGCAGUGGGGGAGCAGCAGGUGGGCCAGCAAGCACUGGAGGGGCCCAGGCUGCCUCCGUCAUCACUUACACUGCUCCCCCUAGACCCCCCAAGAAACGCGAGUACCCACCCCCUCCCCCUGAGCCUGCAGCCACACCCACCGGCCCGGCCACUGCAGUUUGUCCAGCCACCCCUGCAGGGCCAGCCGCUGCAGCCACAGCGGCCACCACGGCAGAGGAGGCCAAGGGCCGGAAUACCCGGACUGGGAGGACCCUGACCUACACAGCCAAGCCGGUGGGCGGGGUUGGCGGGGGCGGGGGUCCCCCCCCAGGGCCUGGCCGGGUCCCCUCUCAGCUACAGGCUCCACCUCCACUGUGUCAGAUCACUGUGCGAAUUGGGGAGGAGGCCAUUGUCAAGCGCCGCAUCUCAGAGACCGACCUGCAUCCAGGAGAGGUGAGCGGAGAGGAGGUGGAGGAGAGUGAGGAGGAGGAGGAAGAGGAUGAGGAAGACGAGGAGGAGGACGAGGAGGACUCGAAGGCCAGCGGGGAGGAUCAGCUUUGGAGGCCCUACUACUCCUAUAAGCCUAAGCGCAAGGCCGGAGCCGCGGGCGGUGGCGGCAGUGGUGGAGGCGGUGGAGGAGGCGGGGGCGGCGGGGCGCCCCGGAGCCGCCGGCUGCAGCGCUGGAGGCAGAAGCUGGAGCGGAGGAGCUGGGAGGAGACCCCGGCGGCAGGGGCUACGACGACGGCCGGGAGUCCGGCGGGGCGGGCGCGCAGUGAGCGGCGGCACCGCUGCGGGGACUGCGCCCAGACCUUCGGCACCUUAAGGAAGUUGCGGAAGCACCACCAGGAGGCCCAUGGAGGGGGAUCCUCCUCGCAUGGUUCUCGGACCGGCCGGAGGCCUUCGAGCCGCUUCACCUGUCCACAGUGCGCCAAGGUGUGCAAGACGGCCGCUGCGCUGAGCCGCCAUGGGCAGAGGCAUGCGGCCGAGCGGCCCGGCGGCGCGCCCACUCCGGUCAUCGCCUAUUCCAAGGGCAGUGCGGGUCCCAGGCCCGGUGAGGUCAAGGAGGAGGCCCCCCAAGAAAUGCAAGUCUCGUCGUCCAGCGGGGAGGCCGGCAUCGGCGGCAGCGGUGGUGUUGGUGUUGGUGGCGGCGGCAGCAGCAGCGGCAGCAGCGGCAGCAGCGGGGGCGACGGGGACAUGGCUGCCCAGGAAGCCUCAGAAGCUGCCUCACUGCAGGACCCCGUCAUCUCGGGGGGUGAGGAGCCCCCAGUGGUGGCCGGGGCAGGCAGCUACGCGUACCAGCCCGUGCAAGAAUUUCCACUGGCUCUGAUCGGGAGUGGCAGGGAACCUGGUGGGGGCCGGGUGAAAGCUGGAAGUGAGGGGCCUGUGGGAGCCUCAGAGGGGGAUCGGAUGGAAGGGUUGGGGGCUGCCAAAGUCACCUUCUACCCUGAACCCUAUCCGCUUGUCUAUGGUCCCCAGCUCCUUGCCGCCUACCCUUACAACUUCAGCAACUUGGCAGCUCUGCCUGUUGCGCUCAACAUGGUCCUACCUGAUGAGAAGAGUGGAGGGAGCCUUCCCUUCCUCCCGGGGGUCUUCGGCUAUGCGGUGAAUCCUCAAGCUGCACCCCGUACUCCCCCACCCCCACCCCCACUAACUCUUCCGCUACCAAUCCCCCCUAAGGGAGAAGGUGAAAAGGCAGAGGUUGAAAGAACCCAGAAGGGAGACGUGGGGUGAAGCUCUAGGACCAGACCCCACCCUUUUCACCAGAUGCCACCCUCCUUGAACCCCACCCCACCCACCCACCACUACCAGCUGCCUGGCCUCCCUGCCCCUCCACACUCUGGUGCAGGGCCUGGAGUUGGGGGAGCGGGGCCCUGGAGCUCAGGGGCCAGGCUGCUCUGUGUGGGGUUGUAGUGGCUCCCCUCUCCUAGGAAGGGGUCUUGGUGGUUCCCCCUCUCAAUCUUCCUCCAGGGAAUGGUCUCCAGGAGGGGCAGGGCCAGCUCCCAUCUCUCCUCCAAGCCCUCGGGGCAACUGAGCAAUAUACUCAUCUGAAUCUCUACUCAACAGCCCCCACCAGCUCUGAAUGUCUAACUCGCACCCCCUGAUUUCGCAAACCUAGGGGAAAACCAUCUCUCUCACCGAAGGGUCACCCCUAGUUCUGCCCCCUCCCUCCCAGCUUUCUCUAAACCUGCCGCCCCCAGAUGCUUCCUGGCACAUUCCAUUUGUGGCGCAGAGCCUGGACCAGACCAUUGUGAUGCCCGACGCCGACCCCUGGGGGAGCCUGGCUUCGGACUCCAUUUUUGUGUGUCUGUCUGCUUUAUGUGGCAAUGCCACGCCUUCCUUGGCUUCCACGCCUUCCUUGGCUUCCACGCCUUUGGAGCUUCCAUUUUCCUCCUCCCAUCCUCCUGGACUUCUCUAGGUCAGGGAGAUGUUGGGGGGAGGGCUGUCUUUUGGUUCUGUGGCUGUUUUCCUAACCCCGAGGGGGGGACAGGGAAAUCAUAGCCCAAACUUGACCUCCAAAUCCAGUGAACCCCAUAUUCUUCCAAGGCAAAAGAGUUGAAUAGAUCACACCUCUUCCUGCUUCUCCACAGAGCACCAAUUCUGGGCUAGACCAGAUUUGGGGGCCGGGAGGCAAGAGCUCUACACGGGAUGGAGAGGGGAAGCUACUUCCUCUCUGUUUUAUUUCCUGCUGUUUCUCCCAGACUAGACCAAAUAGCCAGAAAAGUGAUGGGGGUUGGAUGAGUGGGUUAAACCCAAGAUUUGCACAUGACCUUCCAUCCUCACCUUUACCCCCCCACCUGUCUUCCCCAGUGUCGCUCCCCUCACGAUCACUCCAGAUGGUUUUUUGGGGGAACCAUCCUACUCUCCCGGUGGGCUUUGGGGUAUCCCCACCAACUUUCCCUCCAAAAUAGCACCUUACACCCCACCUUCGACUCAGUUCCCCUCACCCAAAGAUCCCAGCUUAGGGGAUGGGAGGCAGGGACCUUCGGUAGUCCCUGAGCCCUAAUUUGCACUAGUUAACCCUGGUCAGGGUUCCUGUACUUCCUUAUAGUGGGGGAGAUGAGGAAAGCUUUGCUCCUAAUUCUCGGGAAGCCAGGCCUCCCCGCUCCGUGAUUGGAUGAACAUUUCCCAUUCCACCCUCCCCACCGCAAAGCAAAGCGAAACAAACAAAAACAGCUGACAAAAGGGGAGAGCCAGUUUGGGGGAGUAAAUUGAACACACGGGAAUCAGAGGAGUGCAGUUUCAAAAGGGGACAAGGCGCUGUCACUUAAGUGGCCACCUUUGACCCAGCUACUGGUUUUUUUUGUGUUUGAGGGGGUGGCCAAGAUGGCUGCCCUCACGGCUGACUCUCUGAGGGGGCCAGAUCUAGGCUUUUGGAGGGAGGUGGUCUGGGGCGGGGCCAGGAGCAUCCUUCUGCCCUGCCAGCGGCCAGGCUAUGUUGACAGGCUCCCUGAAUGUUAACUGCGUGCACGGAGGAGUCGACUCCUUCAUCCCUCCUCCUCUGUCUCUUUGCACUUUCUUGGUCUUAGCCACAACCUGAGGUGAAGAAUUUUCUACUGAAUGUACCAAGUUCCUUUUCUUUCUUUUUUUUUUUUUAAGGGGAGGUUAGGGCGGGGAGUUUCAAACAGGGAAAAAGAACGCAAAAAAAAAAAAUCACUAAAAAUUCCCUCAAGUCUUGUUUCUGGCACUUUAGAAAAACUGCGGGGAAAAAAAGUACAUAAUAAAGAAUACAUAUAUAUAUCUACACACAAAUUAUAUAUAUAUAUCUAUAUGCAGCAGAACCACAAGAGACUGAGGAAGGCCUGGUGACAGGGGAAGAUGGGACAGUCCCCUGUGUCCUCUAAGAGUAAACAGGCACAGGAGGACUGGGGUGGAGAGGGACUUUGAGGAUGGAGCAGGGACUUUGAAAAUCAGAUUAGGUCAAAAUUCAAACACCAUGCACGUUUUGGGAGAAUUGAGAUUGUAGACUUUUUUUUUUUUUAAUUCUUAAAUACAACUAAGGAACAUAGCUUUCAGAAUCCAGUGGGUCUGUCUGGGUAACCCAUAAGAAUUGUGGCAUAAAGUGGAAAUUAAAAUAUCUGUAUUGGAGCUGGGGAAUUUGCAUACUGUGAGUUUCAGAUGUUGGCAAGCGGGAAUUUUUACAAUUUUGUCUCUUGAACAUGCUCAAGUCUUGUCAGUGUGCGCCCUCCUUACCCCACCCUGUGAUUCCCUGUUUGCCCACCCCGGGGUAGGGGGUGGGGGGGUGGGGGAGAAAGGGCAGUGUGGGUGGGGAGUGUGGAGACCGCUGGUUCUGUGCCACACAGCACGCUGAGAUUUAGAAUUCUACAGACUCUAGCUCUCUACGUAGUGAGGACCCAGAUGUAGAAAACCUGAUCACUAUUUAUCUCCGCAUCUGUUGUGUGUGUCUAGGCCAAUAAACCAACAGGACAAACUGUGCUCUUCA